AUGAAUUCGUUGGCUUCCUGGCUCUUAGUCUUGCUCUCGGCUCAGCUCAUUGGCCAUUCCGCGGGACAGGCUCUGGCAGAAGAUAUUCCACCAGAGGAAGCUGCUGCACUUAGCAAGAUUGUGGAAGAUGAGCCGUCUCCUGCUGCAAGACGGGGGGGGAAUUCGGACAGCCCAGUGUAUCCUUUAAUACACGCAAAGCCUUUGACGAUCCCACCGGUUAAAAACCCUUUAAAGGUGCUCAAGAAUCCAGUAACCGGCAAAGACAUAUGGUAUUAUGAAGUGCAAGUCAAGCCUUUUCAAAAAUCUGUCUACCCGACUCUCAGGUCAACUCCUAUGGUAGGGUAUGACGGCAUGGCUCCUGGGCCAACAUUUCUAAUACCAAGGGGGACUGAGACUAUCGUUCGUUUUAUCAAUAGAGCUACUAAAGCAAACUCGGUGCACCUUCAUGGGUCUUAUUCGCGGGCCGCCUUUGAUGGCUGGGCUGAGGAUAUCACCAACCCUGGAGAGUACAAGGACUACUACUACCCAAAUCAGCAGUCAGCCAGACUUUUAUGGUACCAUGACCACGCAAUGCAUCUCACCGCUGAGAAUGCCUACAUGGGUCAGGCAGGAGCCUACAUGAUCACUGAUCCAGCUGAAGCCUCCCUGGGGCUGCCGUCUGGCUAUGGCACCUAUGACAUCCCCCUGAUUUUGACUUCGAAGCAAUACAAGGCCGAUGGUACCUUGCGCUCUCCAGCGGGCCUAACAGGAGACGGCAUAUGGGGUGAUGUUAUCGAGGUAAAUGGCACCCCUUGGCCGUUUCACAAUGUUGAGCCUCGAAAAUAUCGUCUGCGUUUUCUAAAUGCCGCAAUAACGCGGUCUUUUGCGUUAUACUUUGCCACAUCUACUGCUCUCUCCACAAAGCUUUCUUUCCAAGUUAUUGCUUCCGAUGCAGGAUUACUCGAGCGACCCAUUAGCACCAACCAAAUAUUCGUCUCAAUGGCAGAACGAUAUGAGAUAGUGUUUGAUUUCUCUCCAUACGCGGGACAGAGCAUCAAUUUACGUAACCUUGACGACGUAGGCGGCGUCGGGACAGACGAUGAUUUCGAUGAUACUGACAAGGUUAUGCGUUUUGAAGUUGGCUCUGGCCCUGUCACAGACUCUUCUACCGUUCCUACCACGCUCAGAAGCAUACCGGCUGCUACAGGGGCUACUGUUAAACACCAGUUCCGCUUCCACAGAUCUAACGGCCAGUGGCUUAUAAACGGUAUUGGAUUUGCGGAUGCUGCCAACCGCGUUCUAGCUAAAGUGCCCCGAGGCACUGUUGAGGCAUGGGAACUUGAGAAUGGGUCUGGUGGUUGGACCCAUCCUGUUCAUGUCCACCUUGUAGAUUUCCGAGUCGUCCGUCGCUAUGGAGGACGUUCUCUUGAAUCUCUUCCCUAUGAGUCAGCAGGUCUUAAGGAUGUGGUUUGGCUGGCCAAGGGCGAGACUGCUGUUGUUGAGGCACACUAUGCUCCUUGGGACGGUGUUUACAUGUUCCACUGCCACAAUCUUAUUCAUGAGGAUGCGGACAUGAUGGGGGCUUUCAACGUCACGUCUCUAGCGAAUUUCGGCUACAACAAUGCAAACUAUUUGGAUCCCAUGGAUCCUCAGUGGCGUUCUAAACCUUUUAACGCCUCAGAUCUCACCGGUAGGACUGGGCCGUUCUCUGACACGUCUAUUACACAGAAGAUUAACUCAAUGGCUACGGCAAAUCCGUAUGGAGAUAUUGCAGCAGUGGAUCAGGCUUUGGGGGACUAUUGGGCAAGCCAUCCGUCUCCCAAGGCUAAGAGGGAGCUCCAGUUUACGGCCUAG